GUGUUUUUCCUUCAAUACUUUCAACAUGGCGGACGGUGUGGCUUAUCAAUCAGUUCCUCCACCUUCGGGCUCUUCUGAAGCUAGCACAGCCUUUGCUGAUGCUUUAAAACGAGCAAAAGAGAUCGCCGCUCGAAUGGGAACGGCGCCUCAAGGUAGUGACGGAUCUUCAAACGUUCCUUAUCAAGAAACUCCCGCUGACCAAGUUAGAAAAAGACCUUAUUCAGACGAAGGAGAAGAGCCACAACCAAAGAAAAUGUUAUCGGAGGGUGGUAUGCCAUUAAUGGAUGGUAAAGAYCCUAAAUCUAUCGCUUUACAAGUAGCUGCAAGUAUUGCUCAAAGGGCUGGCCUUGGUUCCAUGCUGACAGAAGAACUUAAAAUCCCAAAUAAAUUUGUUGGUUUAGUUAUUGGCAGAGGUGGAGAACAAAUAAACAAACUUCAGUCAGAAACUGGGGCAAGAAUACAAGUUGCUCCAGAUCCACCGAUGGGAAUUAUGCCACCUCCAGACAGAGCUGUAACAAUCAGUGGAUCCAYCCAGGCUGUUGAUAAAGCAAAGGCACUCUUACAUAGAAUUUGUGAAGAAGGCAAGAUUCCAGAUAGUCUGAUGUCUGUACCUGUUGUAGCACCAGGAGAAACUGUAUGUGAAAUGAUGAUUCCUGCUAGCAAAGUUGGACUUAUCAUUGGUAAAGGAGGAGAAACUAUCAAAAAUUUACAGGAAAGAGCACAGUGCAGAAUGGUGAUGAUCCAAGAUGGACCCUAUUCKAAUGCUCCUGAGAAACCUUUACGAAUCAUGGGGGAUCCUACGAGAUGCCAAAGAGGCAAGGACCUUGUAACAGACCUUCUUACAGAGAAAGAAYUAGAGCAAAUAAAGCCUCCAGUUGACAUCCAUGGAAGAAGACCGCAUCAGGAGACAGGAUAUGGGGGCGGAGGAGAAGUACUAGAGAUUCCUGUUCCCAGAGAUAUCGUCGGGUUUGUUAUUGGUAAAGGUGGUGAAACUAUCAAACGAAUACAGGCWGAAUCUGGUGCUAGAGUACAGUUUAGUCCAGAAUCUGACAACCCUCAGAGUCCAGACAGAAUAGCAACAGUACAAGGAACACAGGAACAAAUACAACAUGUAGAAUCAACAAUAAAAGAUAUUAUACAACAGUCUCGUCAACGUGGUGGGCCACCACCCAAAGGACCUCCCCCCAACAUGCCAGGAGUAAAGACUGUAGAGGCACCAGUACCAGGAAACAAGUGUGGCCUUAUCAUUGGAAAAGGUGGUGAAACUAUCCGACAGAUUAUGCAACAGUCUGGGGCACACGUUGAACUUAACAGAAAUGUCCCAGAGAGCUCACCAACCAAGUACUUUGUGAUUAGAGGCACCGAUGCGCAAAUCCAGCAAGCACAGAAUUUGAUCAGAGAAAAAGUCGAAGAUACUCGUGGUGGUGGUUCUGGAAGAGGUCGUGGAGGUGGUAACUAUGGUGGUAACCAAAAAUGGAAUCAGAAUCAAAACUCCAACUGGAACCAGCAGCAGCAACAACAGCAGCAGCAGCCACACCAACAGCAGUCGUGGUCAGGCGGAGGGGGUAAUAGUAAUAAUUAUCCUUAUGGUAAUCAACAGCAGUAUGGACAGCAAGAUUACUCACAGCAACAAUAUGGACAACAACAGUUUGAACAGCCAGGCCAGCAAGUGGCUCAACAAGGCCAGCAAGGAGCUCAAGGUGGGCAGCAAGACUAUGCUGCUGCUUGGGCAGCUUACUAUCAACAGUAUUACCAGCAACAAGCUGCCGCAGCUGCUGCAGCAGGAGGACAAGCACCUGGACAACAACCACAAGCUGGUGGACAACCUGAUUACACAGCCGCAUGGAACCAGUACUUCAAAGCACAACAGAACUAUUAUCAAUACCCAUACCAGCAAGGACAACAACCUGGACAGCCUGGACAACCUGGACAGCAUGGACAACCUGGACAACCUGGACAACAACAGCCGCAACAACCACAAGGUGGACCGGGAGGACAACCACCAUCAUCACAGUAAUGGCACGAUAAUCGGAUGUCAGGAAGUACGACGCUCAUCGCUGGACUCUCRUCUUUGUAUCUUGUUCUAGUGGUGCUAUUCUUCAUUCUUGUUUCAAGAGUCUGGUUUCAAUGGAUGAAUCACUAUUGCUUCAUAAAAUGCCUCAUUGAUGUGAAUAGAUUUAUCGUAGUUAUUGUACCAGUGAUUCAAUGUCAUAUUUUUAACUACUUGGGAUGCACUGCAGCUUAAUAUAAUCUUUUUUUAUUCCUGUGCGCUGGCCAAAAUGUUCCAGAUGAAAUGCAUGAUGAUCGUAGCCUUCCUAUGACGUCAAGGUCAUUUCCAGAUUAUGUGUAGAAGAAACUGCUACUCAUUUAGGAUUACUAUUGCAUUCUAUGUCAUUUUAUACUACUCUAAAUAAUAUGCAUAAGAUUGAAACCUUUGAACUUGUAAUCUUCAUAAUUAUCAACGUGUAUGUCAUUGCUUGUGGUUUUGCAUCAACUGUAAUAUUGCAUUUCAGGGCUGUCUGCUCAAUACAUCCUCAGAUAAGUACAUGAUCUUAUAAUCAGUGAUUUCAUUAUUUUUGCUACAUUAUUAAAAAAUAAUACUUAUAAUCAUCAUGCAUUUUCACUCUAAAUGUCGCUCACCAUUUUCUUCUCAUUCAUGAUGUGAUUUCAAACUUUUUUCCAAAAUCCAGUUGUAAUUUCUUAAUUUAUUGAAACAUUCUCUUUCAUGGUUCUAUUUAAUCAACCAGCUGUUGAUCUUUUAAGCAUUUCAGUGAUCAAGUCACACACUUUGGUCAGCAGAGUGAAAAGGCUGUAUAAAGCGACCAAUGGUGGGUCUGUAGUACCUAACCUUAUUGAUUUUGCUUGUGACUUUGUUGCUUCAGUUUACAGAUACUGUCUGAGAAUAGUUCUUUGAAAACUAUUGGACAAUYGUGAGUUGAUAUCAUUGCCAACUUUCUUCUUUUUUUAUUCAAAUGYCAUUAUUUAAACUGUAGAUAUGUUCUAAUGCAGAUCUCAGAAUAUUCUUUCAUUCCUGAGCAGGAAGUAGGCAAUUUUUCUGUCCUUAAAGACCUGUUUAUUGAUGCUUGAUCUUUUGACAUGUUUGCUUGCUGCUCUGUUAAAUGAUAUUUGUCUUUCCUAAAUCUAUACCCGCCUUGCUAAAAUAAUGUUUAUCACUGAGUAUUGUUUUAUUACCAAUUAUAGAUAUAUAUCUAUCAAUUAUUAUAUCUGUAGACUUUAUGACAUUUUAUAUUAUUGUCGUGAUACAAGUUUGAGGUCAUUUUUAUGCUAUACUUGUGUUAAUAACAUAAUAGUUAUGAUCUAUAUAUUACCUUUUGUUAGUUUUCUCGUCAUGAAUUACUUUCUAUCUAGACCAUUCAUAUCGUGUUUUUCACUAGUAGGGCCAGUACACAGUGGAACAUGGCUGUAAGUAGCACCACUAUACUUCCUGCACAACCCUACAAUCAUGUCUUUAUAGCUUUACUAGUCAUGCUUUUCACCCAUACUUUGAACCAUCUGUUUUUAUGUGCCAGUGUUAUUGCAUAAUAUUUUCUUUUACAUGUAUUUAUAUUAUAAUUAUAGAUUUUAGACCAUUUGUUUAUGUUAACUUAAGAAGAAAAAUGCCUAUUAAACAGACUAUUGUGUCCCA